AUGCCACUCCACUUACUAGGAAAGAAGUCGUGGAACGUGUACAAUGCCGACAACAUCGCCCGUGUUCGUCGCGAUGAAGCCGCCGCAAAGGCCGCCGAAGAAGCUGAGGAACAGCGUAUGCAAGAGAUAGAUGCACAACGGCGCCUGGCUAUUCUUCGAGGAGAAGUACCACCACCGGUCGAAGACGAUGAACCACCAAAAGACGAGGAGCCUCCCGUUCGUGAUCGCGAUGCGUUGCAAAGGACGAGUACGCGACGGAAACGAAAACUACCAGGCGAGGACGAUACCGACUUUGAGAUGCGAAUAGCAAGAGAAAAUGACAACUCGGCUCUUGUAAGAAUAGAGCCUGAGAGGAAGAGCACAAGUUCUGCCCCCCUUGUGGAUCGUAAUGGGCAUAUUGAUCUUCUAGGCGAUGAAAAGUCCAGAGCUCAUGCUGAGAAGAAUGAAGAGGCUGAAAAGGAAGCCAAGAAGAAAAAGCAGAGCCACGAGGAUCAGUACACAAUGCGCUUCUCGAAUGCUACAGGAAAGGAUGGCGUUCUUAAACCAUGGUACUCUCAAUCUGAUGCUGCAGUCCCUGAUGCUUCGUCAAAAGACGUUUGGGGAAACCAGGACCCCAAUCGCAAAGAACGAGACGCCAAGCGCAUGGUAUCCAACGAUCCUCUCGCUAUGAUGAAAAUGGGAGCUUCUAAGGUUCGGGAGAUCAAACAGGAGAGGAAGCGUUUCCAGGAAGAAAGAGAAGAAGAGUUGAAGCAGAUGCGCCGAGAUGAACGACACCGUGAGAAACGGCGUAGAAGGCACCAUGAUAGGGACAGGAGUAGAGAGCGACAUAGGGGUCGCGAUCGUGAUGAGGAGAGGUCUCCCAUUCGGCAUGAGCGGAGACACAGGUCAAGAGAAGGAAGACAUAGCCAUAGUGGUUAUUCUGAUUCACGAAGUCGAAGACAUGACCGUCGCGAUAGAGAAGGGUCACGGCAUGAGAGGCACUACGAGGAGAGUCGAGAACGAAAAGAGAGACACCGGGGAGAUGAUGAGUCUCAUAAGAGAGACUCGCGAUCUUCAGAGGGGGUUAGUCAUGAACGACGACGACACCAUUCCAAAAGCUGA